UCGGCGUCCACGCCCCUGCCGUUACGCCACCUCCCCGUCCACUGUUGCAGUGCUGCUCACCCGUCACUGGCAGUGCUCGCUGCUUUAUUCCCCUCUUCCCCUGCCUGCUAUCUCUGCGCGGUGCGCCCGCCCAUCUCCGCCCUUUUCCCUUUGCCAGUGCCAUACUGCCGUUUGACUUCGGCCUCCCGCAGUCGUGCUCGUGCCCUCCUUACCCUUUUUCCGCCAUUAGCCUGACACGCACUGCAGCCAGCUGCAGCUGCAGUCGAGGAGGACGACGACCUCGACAGGAACCGGCCGGCCGUCCACGCAUAACUCGCCCCGCGAAAAAGGUCAUCCCUCCCCGCUCCACACAAAAGCUCCCGUUUUGCUUGCAGGACCAUGCCCCCCCCCCCCCCCCCGCCAUUUCCUUCUUGAGCUUGCACGUCCCUGCUGUUCCCUCCCGCGGAGGAGGUGCGAGAGCGUUGCCGUCCUCGUGCUCCUCCCCUCCCCUCCCCUCCCAUGCCGCUGCCCCUGCUUGCUGUAACCUUUUGAGGCUUGGAAGCACCUUCGUGUCCGUUCCUGCCUCCCCGCCCACGCCCGGUUGCCCAUCCCCUCCUCACUGCCCGUCGAAAAGCUCCAAUCUUGGAUUUUGUUUGUAGCCAUCCGUUUGGCCCUUUCCUGUGGUCACGUCGCCUGCUGCUGCUGCGCGCGUCAAAAAAAAGUGAGAGAAAAGUUUGGGUUCGGUUCCCUUCAGUCCAGUCCUCUCAUGUGCCUGCGUCAGUGAGUGAAAAAGUCUGCGUUUUGGCCGGAGGUACACACUAUACCUGGCAUUUCUUGGCCCUUCUCAUCCGAAUUCCGAUUGCUGAAGAGCUCCAAUCUUGGAGGACCGGAUUGGCAAGCUUGGUGGUGUUGCCUUCUCUCUUCCCGCCGCUGCAUCGGAGGAAAAAUGCAGAUUUUGGAGGCACCCGUCCAGUAGUUUCUCAAAAGUUUUCAGUCUUUUGACUUGGAGCUCGAGUUUCCCAGGGGCGCACGCCGAGCUGAACCGAAGAAAGUUCAGCAAGAAUGGAGAGCCGUGGGCGGCGGCCGCGGAGCCCGGAGCGGCAGAGGCCGGCGGCGCGGAGGGUGCCGGUGGUGUACUACCUCACGCGGAGCCGCCACCUCGAGCACCCGCACUUCGUUGAGGUGCCGGUGGCCUCGCCGGAUGGGCUCUACCUCAGAGAUGUGAUUAAUCACCUUAACAUGGUGCGCGGCAAGGGCAUGGCUGCGAUGUACUCGUGGUCUUGUAAGAGGAGCUACAAGAACGGAUUCGUAUGGCAUGACCUUGCUGAGGACGACCUAGUCCUCCCGGCCACCGACGGCGAGUACGUGCUCAAGGGCUCCGAGCUCGUGGACCAAUCCUCUUCAGGUCAAUUUUACCAUGGAAGUAAUGGCAACCAGAAGCAACAGAGCAAGCUGAAAGAGGGUACACGGCUGCCAUUGCCAAGAGAGCCUUCCUAUCCAACCUCCCCUCCUAGUGUGAUAGUUAGAGAAUCCAAGCUCCGGCGAUCACCGUAUGUGCUGCCGCGAGAUGAAGAUGACACCCCUUCGCCGUGCAGGGACAGCUCCUUGGGGACCAUGUCGCCGGAAUUGGAGCCCCAAAGGCCUCAAUUGCCAACGAGUGGGUCUGCAAGCCCGGCAGAGUUCAGGGUUUACAAGCCCACCGGUUGCAUGGAUGCUGCCACUCAAACUGAUGAUCUUGGCAAAAGAUCGGGUCGGAGAGCACCCGAGACACGCAAGAAGAGUUUGAGCACCGAUCAUGAUGCUGUAGUUCGUGAAAUUACCGAGUACCGGCAAAGUCAUCCUUGCCGGUCAGCAGAACUCCAAGGGAUCUCCAGGGAACUCCUGUCCCAAUGUCCUACUCCAUUGAGCAUACCUUCAACCCGUGGCAAGUCCGAGAGUUUAGAGUCCUUGAUACAAGCGGAUAACGUGAUGAACAGCUUUAGGAUUCUUGAAGAGGAUGAUAUCGUUGUGCCCACCUGCCCAAAGCUGAAGCCGACAAAUGUACUGAUGCAACUCAUCACUUGUGGCUCACUUUCAGUGAAAGAUCAUGAAAAUAUCGGAAUUGUUCAGGCAUACAAGCCAAGGUUCCCAAACCUGAAGUUCCCAUCGCCGUUAAUUUCUCGCACCAUGAUGAUGGGCGAGCUUGAUUACCUGUCUGAAAAUCCUAGGUUAAUGGGGAUGAGGUUGGAAGAAAAGGAAUACUUCAGUGGGAGCCUUAUUGAGACUAAGAUGCAAAGAGACGUUCCAUCUGAGAGGUAUUCAACACUCAAACGGUCUUCUUCCUACAAUGCAGAAAGGAGUGGCGAAGCUCUAGAUUGCACAAGGCCUGAUGAAGAUACAGUCGACACAUCUCGUUCGAGGUGCCUCCCUAGGACGCCGAUACUGUCAUCCUUCCUGCACCCAAAGAGCGACACGCUGAAAUCCCCCAUCUCAGACUGCCGGAGGAGCUCCUCGGCCAGGCAGGACUGCGACCUGGCGUCGGGAGACGGGAGCGGGAGGUUCACCGACGUUUCAGCGGCGGCGGCAAGGGCAGACUCCUUCAGGAAAGAGGAGAAGCUCGUCAAGAUUGAGGAAAGUUAAGUGUUGUUCGUGGCUUCUCUUACCUGAAUGAACUCUUUGUCAGUGCUGGGCUGUCGUCGGGAGCUCGCGUUGUGAUUCAGUACACUGUCCCUUGCAAUGACAGUGACGAAGGCUCUGAACGGUGAGAGGAGUGACAAUGCAAGGAGCCUGCUGCUGCUGGAGAAUUUCUGCUUGCCAAAUUAGUGAGGAAAGAAAUCGCCUUUCCUUUUCUUUUUUUUUUCCCCUCCAAGUCGUUAGUUACAUUCUUGAAGCAUGAAUUAGCUAGAUAUUUUUUCCGUUUUUUAUUUCCUUCCUUGGAAAUUUUCUGUCAUCAUUUUGUAAGUGCCUAUUAAAAUGUAUGCUUAUGUUUUCACCCCUA